AGAGAUGAAAAAGUUCACAGCUGCGAAGUGCGCGAGCCAUGUGGAGCCAUGUUUCAGGCGCGAAUUUUAGGUUACGCAAUAAUAUUUUUCUCUCGCAGAAAAACGCGUGAAAUCGACUCGGAUACGACAUUCUAACACGGAUCAAUCGGGUAAACGAGUCGUGGGCGCCGCGAUACUCGCGAUCGCGAGAAUUGUUCAGUACUUCGGGAGAUAUUCGGACUCCGCUCCAACUGCAUUGCGCGCCGUGCAAUUCGGAGCCGGUCGGUGUGAGGCUCGGAUGUCGCAUCGUCACGUCGCCGGAGUCGGAGUUCGCGUCGCGUGGCACGACCUUGGCUUCCGUCUGACCCGUCGACGGGAUCACAGCGGGCAAAAGGAUGCAGCGUGGCGUGAUGCUCCGCGCGACGAGUCUCCAGCUGUUGCAGAGACGCUUCUUCAAGAAGUACCACGUGAGGGUUAGAUUCGCGCCCAGUCCCACCGGCCACUUGCACCUGGGUGGGUUGCGCACCGCGCUGUACAAUUAUUUAUUCGCGCGUAGCAACAACGGCACGUUUAUCCUGAGGAUCGAGGACACCGAUCGGACAAGGACGGUUCCUGGGGCGGUGGAAAAACUCCAGGAUGACCUGCUAUGGGCGGGGAUUAUACCCGACGAAGAUCCUACCAGAAGUGGCCCGGUUGGUCCUUACAUGCAGUCGUCAAGGCUUGAAUUAUAUAAGGAGCAAGUGCUUAAACUCUUGGACAAUGGAUCCGCUUACUAUUGCUUCUGCACGGAGAAAAGGCUGGAACUGCUGAGGAAAGAGGCGAUGAAAUGCGGCCAGGUGCCUAAGUACGAUAACAGGUGUCGGCAUUUUUCUCCGGACAAAGUAAAGGAGAUGCUCGGGAAAAACGAGACCUAUUGCAUUAGAUUUAAGUUACCGUCCACACCAGAAGCCUUUCACGACGUAGUUUACGGAGACGUGCUGCACGAUAUUACGAAGUCUGAGGGAGAUCCAGUUAUCAUAAAGUCAGACGGCUAUCCUACUUACCAUUUUGCAAAUGUGGUCGACGAUCACUUCAUGGAGAUAUCUCACGUCUUGCGAGGUGUUGAAUGGCAAGUUUCCACGCCUAAACAUAUUAUGCUUUAUAAAGCCUUUGGCUGGGAUCCUCCUGUAUAUGGACACUUACCUUUAAUAUUGAAUGCGGACGGAUCUAAAUUGUCAAAGAGGCAAGGUGACAUAAAGAUCGAGUCGUUCAGGAAACAGGGUAUUUUUCCAUUGGCGUUAUUGAAUUACGUGAUAGGAGCUGGCGGUGGUUUUCACAAAGAGCAGGAGAGCCAAAAUCUUUACAGCUAUCAGGAAUUAAUUAAACAGUUUGAUAUUGAUAAGAUAAAAUCAAGUUCUGGCAAACUUAUGCCCGAGAAACUGCUGGAAUUUAACAAAUUGGAAAUAGCAAACUUACUACAAAAUGAAAACAAUCAUAAAUUUCUUAUCGAGAGAAUUAAAAAAUUAGUGUUGGACGCAUUUCCUAAAUGGAAAGACGAUGGAAACUUGCAGUUGGAUGAUGAUCAUAUAAUAACUACGUUAAAGUGGGCGCAGAACAGAAUAUCGACACUCAACGAUCUCGUCAAAGAAGAUUUAGCAUUCCUAUGGAUUGUCCCAUCUUCCAUGCCAAACGUUAAACAAGAUGGAUGUUCAGACGCGAUUAAACUAUUGAACGCGGAAUUAGUUGAAAUAGAUGCCAGUAAUUACAAGACCGAUUGGAUGGCACCAUAUCUAAAGGAUUUUGCCAAGAAGAACGGAGUUCCAUUCGCUGCUUUGAUGGCAACUUUGAGAAGCGUUAUGAGCGGCGUAAAAGUCGGACCACCUGUUGCUGAAAUGAUGGAAAUUUUGGGAAAAGACCAGACGUUAUUGCGAUUACAACGUUGCGUUGCCUGAGAAUUUACACAUAUUGCUUAAUUGCAAAUUGAUAGUAUCGACAGAGGUAAGACACAUUUAAAGAAACAAAUCCAAUUCCCAGAUUUUUUUGCAGAAAGGAUGUAAUUGUACAGAUCUACAAUUCAUCAAUGCUAUUAAAAUGUUUUCCAAAAAUAAUUGCAUUCCACUGUUGAAGAAAAUAUAAAGAUAAUUGUGUAAUUUAUAAUUUUA